AGUCAAUUGAAUGAAAUGAAAGGAAUAGUGAUUCGAUGGCAUACCUAUCGUAUAAUAAUCUUCACUUCAUUUCUCUGGUGUGCGCUUUGUAUUUGUGUUCUCCUCUAUUAUAUGGAUUGUCUGCUUAAUAAUGAUAUGAGUUGUAGAAACCGAUCGCUUCGUAGGAAAGCCGUUAAUACACUUAAUGAAAAUGACCAUCACUUACAAAAUGGUCAUUUAGAUAUACAUCACAAUGACUUUCAGAAAUUGAAAUCAAUGUUUUCCAGCGAAUAUAAUCACCAUGAUCUUAAUAGUUGGUCACCUGUAGAAACGAAUAAAACGAACCCAAAGAGUUGGUUGGGAGAGAAUGGCAAAGGAGUACACAUCGGUCCCGAAGAGUUGGAUCAAAUGAAUGAAUUGUUUGAAAUCAAUAAAUUUAAUUUAAUGGCCAGCGAUAGGAUUGCAUACAAUAGAUCUCUUCCAGACGUUAGAUUAGAGGGAUGUAAAAAUAAAACCUACCCAAAGUUACUUCCGACCACUUCAGUAAUUAUAGUAUUUCAUAACGAGGCCUGGAGUACAUUAUUACGGACAGAUUUUUUAGGUAAACAAUUAGAGGAAUAUGUGGCGACACUACCGGUUAGUGUGAAAGUGUUGCGAACGGGCAAACGCUCGGGUCUAAUACGGGCCAGACUUAUAGGCGCUAAAGUGGCCAAAGGAGAUGUCCUCACGUUUUUAGACGCUCACUGCGAGUGCACUAAAGGAUGGCUCGAACCACUCCUCUCCAGAAUUGUUGAGGACAGGUAUCAAUUCUUUAUUAAUUGA